ACGCUAUCGCUCUGACCUGCAGUAGAAGCGAACACGCUGUUGCGACCGGUGUGAAUGGUGAGCGCGCUCGCGGUGUCGGCUCAGUUCGCAGUGGCGUGUGUUUUAUCGUUUUAAGCAUACAUGUCGGCCGAAGACACGCGGAGUACUGAGAGGGCAGCACUUCUACUCUCUGCUCUGGUCAGUGAGCUGGAUAUCGCAGAGGGCCGACUGUCAGAUCUCGCGGCGAUCCGCAAGCUCCUAGAGAGCGAGUCGUCGGGAGGCACGUGCCCCAGCUGCAACAUGCCGUUCGACAAGGGCAAGAAGAGGAAGCUGAUCGACAACUGCGGCCAUGAGCGCUGCUACUCCUGCAUGUUCCGGAACGAGGCGUGCCCGCUGUGCGCCGCCGCCCAGGAAGUAAUGCAGCCAAGCAACAAGAAGGCAUUAUCUGAGGAGCAGGGAGUGGAUACAGAUGCCAGUCCGUCCAGUAUUUAUGCCACUCCCCACUCAAGGCCUCAGGUCAAGACCAAUGGACACUUUACUACCUAUAUGCAGACUCGGCAGCAUCAACAACAGCAGCAAGCACAGGACUGGCCGUCUCCUAGUAGGCUUCCGAAAUCCAGACCUACACAAAGGCGGGCUGGAGCAACACCAGCAGAUGGUGCUGGCAUCAUGACUCAAAGCUGUCCUACACCACCACAGAGCCGGAGACGAUUUUUUCUGAGUCCAAAGUCUUUGCGUAGUGCUUGGGGGCAGCGGACAGGUGGCACAACUCCUGGUGGAUCACCCCAUCCUCCAGAUAGUGCAGCACUUUCAGCAAGUAUGACAGCGUCAACAGAAGGCCGGUAUUGGCCAAGCUACGUCUUCAACAAGAUUAAGUCUCUGUGGUCUGUUGGAGGGAGCAGUGCUGGACUCAAUAUGCUGGCUGAGUCUGUCCAAGAUGAUGAGGGUGGAACUGUGCGUCCUGUAUCCAGCUGCAAGAAGCCCCCUGCUUCAUCCUCAUCACAGAAUGAUCUGUAUGUGCGACUGGGCCUGUUGCUGGGAGAAAGUGCACGUCGACGUGCGCAACAGUCCAGCGGCCACACGCAGCCACAGUCCCGUCCAAGUUCAGCUGGCCGUGCCAGCACAUCCUUCUCAUCACUUGCGUCACUAGAGGCCAACACCCUUGCCUCUAGUAACACAAGUCCAGUGUCAACUUUGACAGGUUCUUCAGAAGCAGAUGUCCACAGCCAUUCGAGGACACUGAAGGACCCAUCAUCAGACAGUAUUACUUCACUUAUGUCUGUCUCUGGCCAGAGCAAUUGUUCCUCAAGUCCUGUCAGUAGGAGGCAUUCUGUGACAACCUCUCAGCCAGGCCAGGUUGAAGAACUGAAUGUGUUCAAAAACAGGCGAGCCUCCAUACGUAGGUCAGCCAGAACAGGAUCUGUCAAAGGUCCAAUAGAUCCUAAAGUUCGGUUUGCACAGUAUCGCACACCACAGUUAACUCUGAAACCUUUGUUCUUCGAAGUUCCAUUACAAGAACCUGAUCCGUUGUUCCUUGGUCGCCAUUGGUUGAUCCGUGAGAUGGAAGAUGCUUUGGCUUCUAGCAGUCCUGGUGUCAUAGUUUCUGGUAAUCCAGGUACUGGUAAAACAGCAUUAAUUUUGCAGCUUGUAGAGUACAGCUGCUUUGGCCGUCGAAGGGAUCCAGCUUACCAACAAGAUCCAUAUGUCUGCAAUGGAAAAGACAGGCCACAGGGCUCUCAGAGCAUUUACUGUCAAAUAAAUCUAGUCUCAGAGAGGAUUAGCCACUUGGCAUCCCAUGUUGUUGCAUAUCACUUUUGCCAGGCGGAUAAUAACAACACCUGCCUUGUGCCAGACUUUAUCCACUCUCUUGCUGCACAGCUGUGUCAGGCCCCACAACUGUCUGCUUACAGAGAGUACCUUCUCAGUGAACCACAUCUACAGGGUGCAGUUUCGCUGAAAGAAUGUAUAGCAAACCCAGACGUGGCCCUGUGCCGUGGUGUACUCGAACCACUUGGGUGCUUACGUCGUGCAGGAAAGCUCACUGGUGAGAGCUGCCUAGUAUUAGUUGAUGCACUGUGUGAGGCUGAGUACCACAGGCCAGACCAUGGCGACACACUAGCUUCUUUUCUUGCACGUCGUUGCGCUGACUUCCCACCGUGGCUGAAGCUGGUUGUGACUGUUCGCACUCAGCUUCAAGAAGCUGUAGCACAAUUGCCAUUUCGUGUUAUUAGCCUGGAUAAAGUUGACAGGAAUGAGAAUUUGCAGAAAGAUCUCCUGGAUUACAUAAACUUUCGACUUAGUAACAGUCCAAGUAUCCAGAGCAAUGUAGCUUCAACUUCUGGAAAGCUUGAUGGUGGUAGUGUAGGAGGCUCUCAGUUCCGAUUUGCUCAGCACCUCCUCUCUUUGAGUCGUGGUUCCUUUCUUUUUGCUAAACUUACACUUGAUCUGCUUGAGAGGGGCCACUUGGUUGUGAAGUCAUCAGGCUAUAAGGUGCUGCCGGUAUCCCUGGCACAAAUAUUCUUGUUGCAUUUUAAUCUUCGCUUCCCAACACUUCGGUCUUUUGAGAAAGUUGCUCCAAUACUUAGUGUAUGCCUCGCUGCCCUUUAUCCUCUGACUCUUUUAGAGAUUUACUAUUCUGUUAACGCACUUUACACUGAAGAGUUCCUGCCAUGGGAUGAGUUCCACCAGAGGUUCAAGUUGUUAUCAGGAUUCCUGGUGAAACGUCUGGACAACACGUACAUGUUUUUCCAUCCUUCUUUCCGGGAAUGGUUGGUUCGCCGUGAUGAGUGUGAGAGCUCCAAGUUUGUGGUUGACCUUAGAAUGGGGCAUGCAGGAAUUGCAUUCCGUCUGUCAAGAGUUCAGGCACCGUUAGAUCCAGAAAAAACACUCGAACUGGGCCAUCAUGUGCUGAAGGCACACUUGUAUAAAAAUAUGACAUUGCACCGUUAUUCAUCAAGAGAUCUCCAGGCACACUGGGUGGCUGUAAGCUCGUCUGAUGUUUCAGCUGCUCUGUGCUGUAUGCGCAAUAUCUACAGUCCAAAUGUAAAGGUAUCACGACUGCUGCUUCUUGCGGGUGCAGACCCUAACUAUGUGACAGAAUUCCUUGGUAAUGCACCAGCUCUGUGUCUAUAUGCUCAUGAGGGUGCAAUCUCAAUGGUCAGUCUUCUUCUUGAAUUUGGUGCAGAUCCUGAUCUCACAAACAGUCAGGGAAGAACAGCACUCUCUCUGGCUUCUACAAGAGGUCAUCUGGAGGUUGUACAGCUGUUAACUGCGGCAGGAGCAGGACCAGGGCGUGCUGACACUGCAGGACGAUGCCCUUUGGUGCAUGCUGCACGUCAUGGUUGUCAUGAUAUUGUUUCACAUCUUCUGUCUUGUGACUGGGUUCUACACAGUCGUGGGGAUGAAGUCCCGCUAGGGGAAGCAGCACAGCAAGCCCUUGUAGCUGCUGCUGCUCAGGGGCAUGUUGAGAUUGUAGAGAACCUGUUGGACAUGCCAGAAGUAAAUGCAGAUACUCCAGAUUCACUGACUGGGGAGACAGCUCUCACAGUAGCAGCAGCUAAUGGCUGCCAUUCUGUGUGCACUGUUCUUAUAGCAAGAGGUGCCAGUAUAUCUGCAGUUAACAACAAGGAGCUUAGCCCACUGUUGGUGGCAGUGAAGGAGGGCCAUUGGGCAGUUGCUGAGCGUUUGCUGCAGCACCAUGCACCACUGGAGCAGUGUGAUCCUGCUGGCCGGACACCAUUACUGGUUGCUGCUGCUGAGGGUCAUGUUUGUCUGAUUGAACUGCUUCUUGACAGAGGUGCCUGUCUCCUGAAGCAGGACCGUGAGGGCCUAACUGCACUAAGUUGGGCAUGCUUACGUGGUAGAAUACAGGCAGCACAAUGCUUACUAGACCGAGGAGCUGCUGUCAACCAUGCUGAUAAGACAGGACGCACACCACUUGAUCUGGCUGCCUUCCAGGGAAGUGCAGGUCUUGUUCAGCUGUUGAUGGAAAAAGGAGCAAUAAUAGAACAUGUUGACAUCAAUGGAAUGCGCCCAUUGGAUAGAGCAGUUGGAUGUCGAAAUACACAAGUGGUUCACUGUUUUCUGAGGAAGGGGGCAAAACUGGGACCAGCAACAUGGGCAAUGGCAGCUGGCAAGCCAGAGAUAUUGCUGAUCUUGUUGAACAAAUUGCUGGAAGAUGGCAAUGUUCUUUAUAGAAAGAACCGUCUGAAAGAAGCUGCUCAUAGGUAUCAUUACGCACUGAAGAAAUUCCCCACAGAGGAUUUAGGAGAACAUAUUGCCACAUUUGAACAGUUACGGAUAAACUUUCUACUCAACCUGUCACGAUGCAAAAGAAAAAUGAAUGAAAAUACUGAAGCAGUAGAACUAGCCAACCAAGUUUUGAAGAUGAAACCUGACUCAUUUGAAGCAUUUUAUGCCAGAGCCAAAGCCAGAAUAGAACUGAGGCUUCUCGAUGAGGCAUUAGAGGAUGUACAGGAUGCUCUACGUGUGGCACCAGCUCAGAAUCGUGAUGUUCGACGUAUCCUUUGCAAAGUACGAGAGGAAUUGCGUACGGAGAUGGCAGCAACUGGGGCAUGCCCUGGAGCUCCCUUGUCUUCCUUGACAUUAGGAACUGCAACAUCUGUUGAUACUCUUCAUGAACCAGAGACAAGGGUUUAAGUGAGAGUGUAAUUUUCUCUCUUUAUGGCACCCAGUUGCACCUCAUCAAGCAGGGAGCUUGGUGGAUAUAUACUGCACAAUCGUGCUGCAUGAUGAUCGAGUAUCUCGAGAUGUUAAGACUGAGCUGGCAGUUAAAUCAUUUGCUGUUCUGCCACAGUAUCAUAAAUUGUAUCUAUUUUAUGACUCUGACAAUGCAAUUGUAUACAUUCUUUGUAAUUUCAUUGUAAAAAGUCUGGUAAGAGGUUAUCAGUUGUUUCUGCUGGUGUAGCUGUACUUUUAUACUAAAAUGUAACAAAUGCUGAUUCCUACAUUUCUAAUAUAUUUCUUCUGUAAUAUGUAAUGAAUUAUUUUUAAAUUGUAUGUAGUUACGAAGUCGGUCUGGUUUCAAGGACCUUAAAAUUGAUAUCUUGCCAGAAAAAUAUAUGAUGGUGUUAAUAACUGAAAAUUAGUGAUUUCAUUUAAAUAAAAAUGGUGAGUUUUA